AUGAACAAUAACAACAACCAGGACACUGUACGUGACGUGCCGAUUGAUGGUAACAUGCAAAAUAACAAUAGUAACAACAAUUUUAAUGAUAAUAACGCGCCACCAAAUGCAAGCGCCAAUAAUUCUAAUACUAAUAACGACCCAAAUAAUAUCCGUAAUGUAUUUAGUAAUAUUGGGACCCCAUCAUUCAGCUUCUCACAGAUACCACAACAUAUAUUGCAAUCUCUAACGCAACAACAACUUAGGAUGAUUCAACAGAGACAUCAACAACUUCUGUUAAAUAGGAUUCAACAACAACAACAAAUGCAACAACAAAAUGGUAAUGUUGGACAAUCAAAUAUGAAUGAUAAUUCUACCAAUAAUAGUCGCAAUAGCAACACCAACAAUAAUAAUAUGCGUGCAGCUAAUCUAGGAAGUAACAGUAACAAUUCAGGAAUAAACCAAAUGGAUACACAAGCACAACAGGCGCAACAAGCUCCACAAGGUAAUACUAAUAACAAUAAUCCUAUAGAUCCACAACAACCAGGUAUGAUAAAUCUACCACCACAAAUAGCUCAGUUGGCAUUACCAGCACAAAUACAGGUUUUAAAUACUUUAAAGCAACAAGCAAUGUUGAAAGAAAAUCCCGCUGCGGUCACUACUAUUACUAUGGCACUUCAACAAGUCCAACAACGUUAUCAACAACAGUUAGAACAAGGUGAUUCUAUGAUGCAAGGAAACAUGUCAUCAAUGGGUCCAUCCAUUAAUAAUACCUCCAUGAAUGCUCCGGCUCCUCAGAAGAAUACUCCAGCGACAAAACAAACUACAACGAAAAGGAAACCCUCUCAGAAAAAGGCAAAUUCAGUUACACCUCACGGAAAGGGUACCAAUAUCCAGUCUGGAGCUGCAAAUAAGAAGGUAACCUCUACAGAGACUCAAAAACCCAAAAGGAAGGCAAAACCAAAAACACCUAAGAACCAGGUCAAUAUACCAACUCCAGUACCUGCUGUUGUUGGAGAAACACCUCAAAUUAAUCUGCAGAUGCCAUUACCUGAAUUAGAACUUCCAAGACUUGAAUUGCCUAAGUUCCAAACUAUUAAGUAUGAUCCAAAAGAAACAAAAUUACCAGCAACUAAUUAUUGGUCUUCAAAAAGUGAUAAUCCAUCUACUGAUACUUUACUAUAUGAACAAAUAAUUAAACGUGAUGAAAGAUUUAAAGAAGAUCACAAAAAGGAAAGUCAAGGGUAUGAACCAUUUAGCAUAUACGGUUUUAGUAAUAAGGAGUAUAUUGCCAAACAGUUCCAUGUAUUGAAAUAUUAUCAAGAUUUAAAGAAUACAAGAAUGCAAAGUAUAACCUUAACUUCAAAGAAUAUUCCUGCUGCUAGUAUAUGGGGUACUGGUUAUGCAGGUUAUGGUAACGGUAACACGAACGAAGUUACUAAUAUUAUCCCUGAAUACAUCCCCACAGGGAUGCGUAAGAACGUGUUAUUUGAUGAUGAAAUUGUCUACAAAGAUGCUAUGUCCGAUAACGAUUACAACACAAGGGACCAGCUUGUUCCAAUUAGACUAGAGUUUGAUCAAGAGAGGGACAAGUUCUUCUUAAGAGAUACUCUUUUAUGGAAUAAGAAUGAUAAGCUUGUCAAUAUUAACGAGUUCGUGAAAGACAUGCUAAUGGAUUAUAGAUUUGACGAAUCAUAUCUAAAAUCAUUAACACAUACUAUAUCGCGUUCAAUUAAAGAUCAAAUUUUAAAAUUUCAACCAAACCCAUAUAUUGAAUUGAAUCAAUAUCGUGUCGGUGGUGAUGAUCUUAGAAUCAAGAUUAAACUCGACAUAGUAGUGGGACAAAAUCAAUUAAUUGAUCAAUUCGAAUGGGAUAUCUCCAAUACGGAAAAUGAUGCUGAAGAAUUCGCAGAAAAUAUGUGUCAAGAAUUACAAUUACCUGGAGAAUUUCAGACUGCCAUCUCACACUCUAUAAGAGAACAAGUACACAUGUAUCACAAAUCAUUAGCACUUUUAGGUUAUACCUUCGAUGGCCAACCUGUAGAGGAUGAUGACAUUAGAAGCAGAUUAGUUUCUGUGAUAACUUUAGAUGACAUUUUCAGACCACAAAGUGAAACUAAAGUCUACACACCUAACUUACUUCAAAUAUCUGCUGCUGAAUUAGAAAGAUUAGAUAAGGAUAAAGAUAGAGAUACAAGACGUAAGAGAAGACAAGGGCGUUUCAAUAGACGUGGGUAUGGUUUAAUCACCGCGAACAGCAAUACAAACCUUGUAGGUGAAAGUUUGGCUGGCUCUACAGGUUUACUUGGUGCCAGUAAAACUAAUGUUCCGGGCAGUGCUUCUGGUAUUAGUAGCAGUGCCGCAGGAGCUACAGAUAUCCCAUUACCUGAUCUUUCAGAUCUUCCAAGAACAUUCCGUACACCUAUUCCAACGACUUUACUACCUGGUGGUGUAGAUUUUGGACCUUCUGUCAAUUCUUAUGAUUUAGAUACAACGAUAGAAUAUAAACCAAGGCCAGCAGGUCCUAAACCACCACCACCUCCAUGUUAUGUUAUUGAUAAUAUACCUGGUAAAUCACUACUUCUUUGUAUAAAACUGAAGAAGAAAGAUAGUCAAGGAAACGAGACAGAAACAAACCCAGAACGUGAUUCUUCAAUAAAAGUGGAUAACAGUUCACAACAAAUGAAAAGAGUAACAUCAUUAGAACAAAAGAAAUUCGAAGCACCAACUGUCUCAACAAAUAAUAUCAACUCCAUUCCACAACGUUUGCCUGAUCAGACAGCUAACUUACCCCAGGACCCUAAUUUAACCGCUUAA